GUUAACGGCACUGGUGUGUCGUGGCAGUGGGUCAAACUCCCUGUGGUGGAUGGAUGCUGUUGGGACAGCAAUGUGGACCCGGAGCAGCUUUGUGUUCUGGAGGUGUCAACUGUGAUCGGCAGGGUUCUGUCCUAUGGGAUGGAUGAGAGCCAACAGGAUCAGUAUGAAGAGCGGCUGAAGGAGGUUUUUAACGGCUUCGACGCGACCGGCGCCGGGUCUCUGUGCCCCGAGGAGUUGUCAGCCCUGUGCCAGGCACUACACCUGGAGGAUGCCACGCCCACUCUGCUCAGGGCCCUCCUGCAGAACCCGGACCGACCCUCUGGCAGGGUUGAGUUUGACCAGUUCAAGAAUGCCCUGAUUUUGGUUUUGUCAACGACUUUAGGAGCAGCACCUCCACCCAGUCAGGAGAGCAUAUGUGCUCCACUCCCUCCAGACUCACCAGAAGUCCAAGCUAAAUUUGUGCGGGGCAGUAAGCGGUACGGGCGACGCUCCACCCCGGAGUUCAUGGAGACCAUGGCAGACGUCUCAGCGGUGGUUGGCUCCGAGGCCCCAGGGCAGGACCCAGAGGACCAAGACGACUCCACCGUACCCAGGAAACGUGAGCGCUGGAACGUUAAUGAAAGCAGUACGGAAGAGUUUGAAGCUGAAGGCCAGCUUCACCUGUGGAACCCUGACGAGCCCUCCACUCCCCGGGGCUCCAUCACCCCCCUGUCUUCCCGCAUGGAGGAUAGGGUUCGACAAGCCUGUGAAGACCUUUCCCUGUCCUGGGAUGAAUGUGCCAGCCACAGUGAACUUCUGGCCCUCUGUGACCAUCUGGGCCUGGAGGUGACGGAGGAUGUCCUCCAGGUUCUGCCGGGUGACGAGGUGAUGAGCGUUCAAGCGUUUGCCUCCUGGUAUCUGAGCCACGCUAAGCCUGCCACACCUUCCGCCUCAACACCGUACCGCCAGCUCAAGAGACUUCACUCCUCACAGCCGUUCGACGAGACGGGCCGCAGAACCAGCACGUUUUCCAGCACCAUCGGGAUGCGUCUGUUCUCCACGUUGGAUGACGGAACCGGGUUCACCCCUGCUGAAUACAUCCUGGAUGCCUGGCUCGAGGAGGGCAUCGAGAACGGCCCUGACAUACUGCAGGCAUUGGAUUUUGACCUGGAGGGUAAAGUUAACCUCAGUGACCUGACAUUGGCUCUUGAGAACGAGCUCCACAUGACGAAGAAUGGGACCCACCAGGCAGCCCUGGUGAGCUUCAAGGCCGAGAUCAGAAGCCUGCUUGAGCAGGUUGAUCGUGAGCGGCGGGAGAAAGAGAAGAUACGUUCAGACCUGGAGAAAGCGGAGAGGCUAAAGACCCAGCUGGCUACUGAGGUGGAUGAGCAUCACACCGCCAUCGAACGCAUAAAUGACCUGAACCUCAGGAAGCUGGAGGAGGAGCACAGGGAGAAGUUGGUGUCGGUCAGGUCUGAGCUCAUCAGAGAGAUGGACCAGAUGCAGCAGCAGGCAGGUCUGCAGAGAGAGGAACUGGAGUCGGAGAUGGAGAAGAUCAGAGACGACGAGACCUUCCUCAGAGACCACCUCUCUCGCACUGUCAAGGAGAGCAGGCGUCUGGAGAUGGAGCUGCUUGACAGCACUGAGAAACUGGUGGAGGCUGAAAACCAGGUCACCAAACUGCAGAGGAACCUGGACAAUAUCCUUAAGGAAAAGUUUGGGGACCUGGACCCGGGGAGUGCUGAGUUCUUCCUACAAGAGGAGCGUAUCAGACAACUACGCAGCAGCUAUGAGGAGCAGUGCCGGGAGCUGCAAGAUCGCAUAGAUGAGCUCCAGACAGAGUUGAAGGAGUACCAGAGCCUGGGUCGGACCUCGCAGUUUGGCCUUAAAGCCUCGCUCUCGGAGGAGCUGGAGAGCAAGAGCCCGGGGAUGGAGUCAGACCCAGGUAUCGGCUCAGAGGAGGGACAGCCAUUGUUCAGCAUCAGCCUGGAGGCCGAGAUGAUGCUGGAGCAGCUGAAAGAGAAUCACCUGAGAGAGACCGAACAACUACAGGCUCAGCUGGAGAGCAAGAUCAGUGAUCUUGACCAAAAAGUGGAAGAGCAAAGAGUUGACCUGGAGGCGCAGAAAGCGGCGUUGUCCCUGCAGUACCAAGAGGAGAUGCAGACUCUUCAGGAGCAGAUGUCCAGCGUCCAGCAGCGGGCUCUGGAGCUCCAGGCACAGCUACAACAGGUCAAGGAGGAGAGGGCCAGCCUGGAACAGAGACAGGCUGAAGAGAGGGAGGAGUUGGAGCACCAGCAGGAGGUGGAGGUGAGCAGCCUGAGGCAGGAGCUUCGGGAUGCCCACAUCCAUGCUGCUGAGCUGGAGGAGAAGUUGACAGCCUUAGAGGCCCAGCGAAUGGAGGCUGACUUGGGCUUCGAUGCAGAGUUUCAGGAGCUGCGGAAGCUCCAUGCCUUGGAGCUCAACAACCUGGAUCAACAGAACGAAGAGCUCCUUCAGACCAAGCUGGAUGAGGAGAGACAGAAGCAUCAGGAGGAGAAGGUGGAGAUGCAGAGGGUGCUUUUGGAGGAGUGGAAGAGGGAGAAGGUGGAUUUAGAGCAGAGACAUGAAGAGGGGGUGAAAGCUAAGCUAGAGGAGGUGAGUGUCCGGUUCCAGGCAGAGAGAGAGGAGUUGGAGAUGAGACUCAAGGAGGAGUGGGAGAGAGAAAAGGCCCAGCUAGACGAACAGAAUACAGAGUCACUUCAGACUGCGUUAGAGGCAGAGACUUUGAGACUGGUCAAGGAGCAGGAGGGGAGGGAGGCCAGGCUUACCGGACAGUGGGAGCUGGAACGAGCUCAGCUCCAGCAGUGUCAGGAGGAGGCUUUCCUUACCCGGUUAGCAGAGGAGAGGCUGAAGCAGCAGGACGAGGUGGAGAGAAGGCUCAUGGAGGAGUGGGACAGGGAAAGACUGCAGCUACAGGAGGAAUAUGAGGAAAUGCUCCAGGAACGGAUUCAGGAGGAGAGGGAGAGGCUGGCUGAGGAGAAGGAGGAUCUGGAGAAGAGACUGGGGCAGAUGAUGGAGGAGGAGAAGGAGCGUCUGGAGGAGGCCCACAGACAGGCCAUGCAGGACCUUGGUGCCAAACACAGCGAGGAGAGGGAACAGCUCAGCAGACUGCUAGAUAAACUGCGGGAGGACAUUGCUGAGCAAAGGAAAGAACUGGAGAGUCACUUAUCCCAGAAAAUCAGGGAGGUGGAGGCCCGUUUCUCAGGUGACCAGGAAAAUGUAGCAAAGCGCUUCCAGUCUGACAUUUCCAAUCUGGAGAAAUACUAUCAGAGUGAGCUAGAGGCCCUCACAAGUAGACACUCUGAGCAGAAAAACAAUUGGGAUGUGGAGAUGAAGAACGCCCUUCAGGAAGCAGAACAGCAGAGAAGAGUUCUGCAGGAAAGCCUGGAACAGGAUCGGGAGGCCCUCACCCAAGACCUGGCGAAACAGAGGGAGCUGCUAGAGAGAGUCCACAAAGAAGAUUUGGAAGUGUUAAUCACCAAGAACGAGGAACUGCAGAAGGAGCUUGAGAGUUUCAUUAGUUUAUCCCAGACCAAAGAGAUUGAACUGAGUAGGCAGCUAAAUGACCUUCACAACAGACUGCAGGAAAACCUGGACACCAAAGACGAGCUUUUAGCACAGUCUGAAAAGAAAGCCAUUGAGAUCGAGCUUCUGUUAAACCAGGCGGUGGAGGACUUCAAACAGGAGAGGGCAGAACUUCAGGGAAGCCUUUCUGAGUUGGAGGCAAAGCACUCUGAGUCCAUCUCCUUGGCUGAAAAGCAGCCUGAGGAGAGCUGGAAACUAGUCUUGGAACGUGAUGAACUGAAGUUGAAGAUCAAAGAACUGGAGAUGCUCUUGAGACAGACAGCGGUGGACUUCGAAUUAGAGAGACUGGAGCUGCAAGAGAACAUCUCAGAUCUGAAAUUAAAGCUAAAGGAGUGCUGUCCUCCUUCUGAACCAACGGAAAAUGAGAAAAGAGACCUUCUGACUGAGAGGGACCAACUUAGUAUCCGAAUUCAGGAAAUAGAGAACGAGCUCAACCAACUUCUAGAAUCCAAAGACAUAAUGGAGAACAAAGAAACAGAAGAUUCAAAUGCGGUCGACAUACCACUAGGAAAAGAGGAUCUAGAGGCAGGACCUCUUGAAAAACAAGUAUGUUUAAAAAACAUCCCAGUUUGUGAUGGGUUAUCUGACAACAUUGUUUCAGAGGACUGGGAUGUCCCUUAUGGAGAAUCUGUAGCUCCUCUGGAGCAGGGACCAAAGAGCGAAGUCGAGAUUAUUACCGAAUCACCUCACAAGAUGGAGAAUUCAGAAAAAAUUAUUGAAGACACCUGCACUCAAGGAAUAUCUUUUACUUCAGAUGAUCUAAAUGUCUUGGUAGAAACAUCUGUAACCUGUGGAAACGUAGGACUAGGACCAUAUGAUUUACAAGAUGAUGAGGUGGAGUUGAUACCUGGAAGUCCAGAUAGGGUAGAGGCAUGUCCUGAAAACACUCUGACUCUUUGUCUGGAAGGGGCAUGUGAUGAUGAAACCGUGGUGGAUGACUGUCAUGACACAGUUGUCACAUCUUUCUCUUCAGCCAUUCAAUAUCAAGCACAGGAUGGUGAUUCUAGUGUGGAGAUGAUCUCUGAAAUGUCUGAAGACAUUGAGGUCUGUCCUGAGAAUGUUAUCAGCACUGAAGCAUGCAAUGGUGAAAUCAGUGCACUUCCAGAAGACUUCCAAGAAUCCCAAACCUCGGAAAUUCAAGCUGAGGAUAAAGACGCCAAAACUGAUGUUAGAAUUGUAGAAUUGUUUAUUCAGGAAGAGCAAACUCAAAUUGAUGACAUUGACAGUGGCUGUCCAUCUGACGUUAAGUUUGAAGACGCCUUUUCCGAAAAGAUGGAACAGACUGAUGCUAGUGUGAAAGAAACUGGUUUUGAUGUUGAGCUUGUUUUGGAUAAGGAACCUCAAGAUGACUCAUUUAAUAUGGAAGUGCAGAGUUACGUGUUUCAGAUCAUCUCCUCAGCCCUGCAGGAGAGUGGUUACAACAUUAUUGAUCAUGCCAAAGUUGCUCCUCUCAUGGAACCUCAAGCUCCGAAGAAGGAAGCAAGGGAGCUUUUAAAGGAAGAGAUGCCUGCAUCUGCCUACAUCUGUGUGCUUCUGGAACUCCAGAAGCAAAUUGGUCAGUUCCAAGGUGAGGCCAGGAGUUUGGCUGAGCUACAGUGCCAGUAUGAAACUGCCACUAGGGAGAACCUGGUGUUAAAGCAGGAGAUUUUUGAGCUUCAGCAGAAGACUGACACAUUGGAGAGUAUUUUAGCUGAGAGCAGUGGAAAUACAGAUUUUGACCAACGAGUUUCAGAGGAAAACCGCAACCUCACAGCCCAGGCCAACGAGAUCGAGGUCAUGUCUUCAGAGAUGACAGAGCUUCAGAUCAGAUAUGAGGAGUGCAUCUGUGAGAACGCCAAACUAGAAGAACAGAACUGCCGGCUGGGGAAAAGGGUUCUGGGCCUCGAAAGCAAGAUGCACAUAAUUCAAGACUUCCAGGAGCAACAAGUAGCCCUGGUGGACGAGAUCACCAGAAUGAGAGAAGAGAACUGUAAGCUGACCGAUCUAGUCAACGAGCUGGAGAGGCAGGAUGAAAUAUUCAUGGCUCUGCAGUUGGAGGCUGAAGAGGCAGAAUCCGAGCAAGACGCCGACGCAGAGCAAGAGCCGGCAGCUUUCCUGGACCUGAACUGCCAACUGGAGGCUAAGAUCCAGGCAGUGUCCAACUUGGAGGGCUGUUGCACAGAGUUUGAGAAGCAGAACGCAAAGCUCCGCAGAGUGCUCACCGACCUGCAGGACAAGUCACUGAGGAUUCAUGAGAGGAUGCAGAUUCAUAGAAGUGAAGCAAGACGUCUAGCAGAAGAGAACCUCCUACUUAGGCAUAAGAUAUCAACGCUGAAGGAGGAAGAUCUGCGAGAAACCCAGGAGGACAUGCUCGCAAAGCUGCACCAUCUCAGGAAGGAGAAAAUCUCAGCACAAAGGAAGGCAGAAGGUUUCAGGAGACAGAUCUCUGAGCUUCGCCUGAGAAGCCAGCAGCUGGAGGAAGAGAACGAGCUGCUGUCUGAGAAAAACACCCAGAAUGCAGCAGGAAUGGAGGGGCUGAGCCAACAGCUAGGGGAACUCCUCAAACAGAGAGAGAGACUGGAGGUUGUCACAGAACAACAACACCCUGUUACUGAGGACGACAGGACAGAAAUGGCAGUGUGUGUGUCCGCCCUGGAGGUGGAGCUGACCAGCGCCGUAGAAGGGUCUGUCCUGGUGGAGGAGAACAAGGCCCAGCUGAUGCUACAACUCAACAGCCUCAGGGAUAAGCUGGCUAAUAUGGGGGAUCUGGAGAACCAGCUGUCCCUCCUUCUGCAGGAGCACAAGGAUCUGGAGAACCAGACCCAGGGCUUACGCAGCCAGCUAGCCAAGUCUCAGGAGAGGACCCAGGUGCUGGAUGAAAGCCUCCAGUUUGUCAACCUCCAGAGCGCGCACCUCAAGUCAGACCUUCGCAUGUCGCGUCAUGAGAAGGAUGCCCUAAAACAGGAAGUGAUAUCACUCCACAAACAGUUGCAGAAGGUCAGUGAUAAGAAUCAGGUACUGGAGAUGGCCCUGCACUCCAGCGGAUACCAGAGCCAGCAUAAGAAGAUGUACCGUGACGAGCUGGCCAGACUAGUGGAACAAGAGCAGCAUCUCCUGAGGCAGGAGAACGAGCGGCUGGCCCUGGAGCUCCACAACACCAAGGGAGACCUUCAUCACACCAGGGAGAGGACACGCCAGCUGGAGGCCUCCAUUUUGACCCUGAAACAGCAGUGCCAGUCCACUGUGGUGAAGACUGUGGAGCAGGAGAAGAUUGCUCUGAAGAAGGAGCUGGACAGGAUGCACCAGGAGCUGCUGUCUGCUAAGAGCAAGCAGGUGUGUGAGGAGGUCGAGUUGCACAGGGAGCUGGAGGAUCUUCGUCAGGAGAACGAGGGGCUGAAGAACCAACAGGCCCGGCUGGUGGAGACCUUGCAGGUCCAGCUGGGUGGUCUACUACCCCCCUCCCCCCGUAGAAUGCCUGGAGAACGGAGAGGACAUCACCGCGGAGACGACCACCACCCAGAGAAUGUACAGGAUGAGAGGGCGAUGAUAAUGAUGAUGAAGAUGGAGGAACGUAUGAAGGAGAUUGAAUUGUCGCUGCGUAACGUCAAAUUGCUGCUCAAAGAGAAGGUCUCCCAGCUCAAAGAUCAGCUCCAUAAGAACGGUAAAGCUGACUCAUUGAUAAAGGACCUGUAUGUGGAGAACGCCCAGCUCCUGAAGGCCUUGGAGAUGACAGAACAGAGACAGAAGGUAGCGGAGAAGAAGAACUACCUACUGGAAGAGAAGAUUUGCACCCUCAACAAGAUAGUCAGAGACAUGAGCCCCUCCCCCUUACCGACCUUACCUUACCACUACACCUGUUCCUAACACCUCUCUACAACCCCUCCCCCUAUCACCUCACCAGAGCCCCUCCCCCAGACCCUAUUACAUAGUAUCUUGUAUCACCUGUUCCUACUAGCAGCCAGGUGUGCGCUGGAUAGGAAUGAAUAUCGGAUCUUGAGCGUUGAACUUACACCUAAGCCCCUCCCCUUCUGUCCCACGCCAAAUCACCUGUUGUUGGUUCAGCAGGUGUGAGCUGAGCCACGGAUGUCUUUUAAAGGAACUGUUCCAUCUGUGGCUUGUUGGGGGAUCUCUGCGCUACCGCCACGCCCAAUCGCUAACAUUGACAAUAUGUGUGCAUUGAAGCUACAUGACAGCACUAUGAAGCACUGCCGUCAGAGCCUCAUCAACUGGACACCACCUGCAUUUGCCGCACCACUGCCAGGGAAUUACUGCACCAGCAUCUUAUUUACUGAAAUGAAAGGACCAGAGCCUGUCGUGUCCCCACUGCCAUUGUCCAUGUUGGAAACAGCCCAAGUUCCUAUGGAUGUCCUGACCUUCUGUGGACAGGAAUGUGGCUCAAACAAUAGCUGCUAUUUUACUACCAAGUGAUGCUGUAACUGUAACAGCCGUGGGCUUGGAUAGAUAUUGCUUUUAUCGGUCUCACUUCGUCAGUGAGAGCAUGAGCAGUCCACGUGUUUCACGAGUAUCAUUAAUUGGUUGAUUCCUGCCGAUUGAUCCACUUUAGCCAGCUAAGCUGGAAGUGUUAAAAUGGAGAAACACCUCAAAUGUCUGUGCUAAAACAUGUUUCAUUUGAGUUGGGUUCCCUAUUCAUGUCUGUGGUAUAUGAAAAAAGGACUGAUUAUUUUACAGCAAGGAGUGGAUCUAUUUGCAGUUGGAGGUGUGGUUGAUGUUUUGAUCCUGCAGCCUACAAAUGUUUGUGCUGUUGAUGUAUACGCGAAUACAAAUAGUAAUAAAAAAAAUGUUUAGAUUUUA